AUUGAGUAGCGAAGAAUUUUAAUGAGCAUUGCACGUAGUUAAAAAGGAAACAACGUUUAGAAUCAUUUAGCACUAAAAUGUUGAACUCGAAAGUGUGAUACCGUUGUGACUACAGUAAAAAAGAAUAAUCAGUUUCAUUUAUGUAAACGUUAAAUCUGUUAUAUUAUUGGAAGACUUGCAAUUUGCGAGAAAAUAAAGAGAAAAAAAGAAUGCCUAAAAGUAACAAUUUUCUUCAAAUUCUUCUCUGUUUCUUAUUCUUUAUAUCACAGCUAACAAUCUCAGAAUCAAUAAAUACUACUCUUCCUAAUUUACUAGAUCAUAAAGUUCGAAGAGAAGUUCCCGAAACUAAAAAGUACCUUCUCUUUCCACAAGGCAGUAAUGUUCAGUUAAUUUAUUGUAUGACAAUUGGAACAUACGCGAGACCAGGAGGAUUUUUCACAAUGGGAGUAACAGCAGGAUUAGCUUAUGAACUGCCACACAAACGUACAGUGCUAUUUAGAAAGCCUGCGGAAGUUUAUCAUCGUAGAAGCAGACGAGAAUUAUAUCAAAAACUUGAAUUAAUGCUGAAGACACAAGGCAAAGAUGGGAAAGAGUGUGUAUUGAAAGCUCUCUGUAACGCUGGAAAACGAAAAAGAACGAAAGAAGGAAAAGGUUCCUUUAUAGAAGAGAUUCUGCACUCCAUAUUCACGUUGCCAAGUGGAUCUUAUCAUUUGGAUCCAAAGACCGAGUAUGAAAAAGCCCAUGAAACAGAUGUCGACUGUAACAAAGCAUUUCCUUCCUGUGCAGAUUCAAUUUUUGACUGAGAAUAUUUUCAGUUACAAUAAAAAAUACAAUUCAGAAGAUGAUGGAAAAAAUAGUACAGUGUGCAACGAGUGAGGGACGCUGGUGAUUUCUAACAAGUGUGAAAUAGCUGUCUCUGUCAAGUUGCACACGAUAAUUUUUCCAAAUACUGUCCAGAUAGUGUGACUGAGAGAGUAUGUUGAGAGGCAACGAAUGAUUAGAUUUCGAGAUCCAAAACGAGAGUCCUGGUUAUUGGCUUGUGAAUCCACAUACAAUCAAACGUACAAAAGUGUUUUGUGACGUGAGGAGAUUCGGUGGUCGAAACUCAUCUUACCACAACAAAAACCAACUAAUAAGAUAAAAAUGUCGAUUAAUAAUUGUAUUUAAACAAGUAAACAAAUUUUUUAAAUGAAUAGAACGCUUAUGUUAAUGAUUUAUUAAUAUUACGUUUGAUUCACAAUAGUGUCACAUUUUUUUAUUUUAGUUCAAAAAUUAUUUUUGUAGACUACGACUAUAACACGAUAAAAUGAUAUCAAUCGGAAAAAAUACUUAAUACAAUUGAAAUUAGCUGCGAUUAUGUACAUCUGUUUAAUGACAAAACCAGAGCUUUAAUGAGGUUGGCUUAGCGGAUAAGAUUGUACAAGCAUAAGCUAAUAAAAAAAAAUGCAACUUUUAUUCGUAAAUACUCAUCAAUGAAUAUUAGGGUAGUCCAAAAAUACAUGGGAAAAAAAAUCAGAAUUUUAAUGCUCUCACCCUCUAGAAUUGUUC